CACGUUCCCUCUCACAGCACAUACACACGUCUGUGUCGCUAGGGCUGGACAGAAGGAUGUCGACGACACCUGCUACCGAUCGCAAGCCGGGGGGCGGUUUUGGUAAAGACUUGGCCAACGUUCUCUUCUGCGGGCUCCUGGCGCAGGGCGUGGCGUACCCGCUCGGACUGGACGCUGCCGCCGCUCUCGCCAUGGGAAUACAGAUCCUCGCGUGGGUACCGUCGGCGUUGGCGCAAAACGAGACCUUUUACGACUUCACAGGCAUGCUGACCUUCAUGGCAGUGACAACUUUCAGCACGUUGGGCUUCCUGCUGCGUUUUUUCGAUGGGGAGAUGGCCGCAAUGUUCGGGGAAGGAUCCUCGCCGGCGAUGGAGCACCCGCUCUCGAUCGCCACUGCAGCCCCCAGGCAUCUCGUCGCCACGGCUCUGGUCUUGACCUGGACCACAAGGCUCGGAACCUUUCUGUUCGCGAGGAUACGGCGGGACGGACACGACUCCAGGUUCAACGGGGUGCGGGACAGGCCUCUGAAGUUUCUCGUCUUCUGGUUUGUGCAGGGGAUAUGGGUAUUUUUCACCUCUUUGCCGAUGCUCGUGCUACACAAGGUCGACCCUAGAGGUACAUAG